AUGCGCCUUCUGGAAUUUGGCAGUGAUGGUGAUCUGCAUUUAUCCAAGGAUUUUACCGACGACAUCCCGGCCUACGCGAUUCUCUCACAUACGUGGGGAGCGGAUGAAGAUGAGGUUACAUUCGACGAUAUCCAGGAUAGAUCUGGCAAGAGCAAGGCCGGUUACACUAAAAUUCAAUUCUGUGGGCAACAGGCCAGGAAGGAUGGUCUCCAAUAUUUCUGGGUGGAUACAUGUUGCAUUGAAAGCAAAGAGUGCUGUGCUCUCCGAAGCGAUUGUCUCAAUGUUUCGCUGGUACAGUAA